GUGUCCCACGUUUACCUGUGUAACAAACUUGCACAUCCUGCACAUGUACCCCAGAACUUAAAAUGUAAAAAACCUCAUCAACAGUAACAAUAGCUAACAUCAUCAACAGUAACAGUAGCUAACUUUUCUGGGUAUUUGCUAUGUUCCAAACACUAAGCUAAGUUCCUUACAUGCAUUAUCUCAGUUAAUCCUCCCCAGACUUCCACGAUGGCAAUAAUAUCCUGGUCCCUGUUUUGCGGAUGAGACACUAAGGCACAUAGAGGUUAAAUAACUUGCCCAAGAUCACACAGCUAGUGAGUAGUAAGAUUCAAUCCCAGACCCAGAUCCUGCUGUCAAGCAGUAUAGUUUGUGACCACCUAGUGACAUCACAGGAACCACACUUCCAUCUCUUAUUUUAAUGUCCUGAAUGUUCUUCCUUAUAAAUGCACAUUAGACUUGAGUGGGUAAAAAUUCUGAACAUACUGAGUCUUCUACCCCGAGCCAAUCCUCUUCAAAAUGAACCUGCAUGGGAACCAAUGCUGAAAGUGGAAAGAGACCACAGACAGGCCUGGCAUCUGUAGGCGUAAGGUAGAAAACUGUCUCCCUGCACCCCUACUCCCAGUUAAAAGGCUGUGGGCAUCUUUGAGCCAAUGACUGGCUGCUGCAAAGGAUUCUGGGAAUCCCAACCCCUCACAGUUCUGCAAAAACUGAGCUUUGCUCAACUCACCGUCCUGCAAAAGAUGGGUACCAAAAUAGGGAGGUGGGCAUACAGGCCAAAUAUUCUGUUCUGCCUUCCAGGAAGGAAAAACCGUACUGUCCAGGAAGCUCACAAGUGACAUGUGGCCCGUGGGCAUACAAGGGGUAAAGUGAAGGAUGGACUGCUCUGUGGAAGGAAGGAGUGAAAGUGAACAGGGAGGCAUAGGGCCAUCUGCAGGAAGACUUAGAGGAGGGAAGGAGGGAGACUGGCUUUGGCAGGGAGGGGAGGCAGGAGCAGAGGGAGCUGGAGGAUCGGUUCAGGCAGUGAGAGAGGGCAGCCCCACUCUAUUUCCCAAGCUGCUUUCUGGAUGCAGGCAGGAAGGUUGAGUGUAUUACACUGGCCCCACCUCCAGAGGCUCUCUCUGCAGCUGCUGGACUGGACACAAAGUGUGAGAGACAGAGACACCAUCUCUGCUGAUUUGUACUCAACUCUGGUUCCUGUUGCUGAGAGCCCACGUGUCACAGAAGCCAGGGCAGGGGGGCCCACACUGCUGUCUGCAUUUCCCAGGUAUCCCGAGCUGAGCAAAGGUUCUUCCUCAGAGGAGCAGGCAAUAGAAGCACCUGAACAUCAUGGCACAAGUGGACUCCCAGGACAGGUAGGAAGAGGCGUCUCCUCUCAGCAGCUUGACUGAGGAGGCUCAUGACCCCCAGAUACUGAGCAUGAACUUAGAGAGUGAGGAUGAAGGUGGUGGGGAGUCAGAAAAAGAGGGUACUGUUGACAUAGUGGCCUGUCUAAGGGGCAGCUCCCCAGUAAUAUGUGACAAUCCUGACUUGCCAUGGCCCCAUCCGCUAGGCAAAGAAGAGGAGAAAUUCUCUGACUCCUUCAGUGCAAGGGGCAUGGGGCAGAGACCAAUGCAGAUGUCCGGGAGAGCCAGCUGGAGCAGAGAUGUGCCAAAGAUCAGCGAGACCCAAGGCUCCCCGGGAGCAAGCACAGCUCUGGGUACCCUUCCCCGUGGUCUCACACACAAGCUGUUAGGUCAGCUGCAACCUCUUAGGGACCGAUUAUCUGCGGGUGAUGAUGGAGACUUGAGGGCAAACCAGGACGCAGCCUUGGAUGUCCCAUCCAGCUUCCCCAGCAAUGGAAAGUAUCUCUGUGCACACAAAAGUGUAGACACGUCCGCAGAGAACUCUUCUCUCUUGUGUUUUCCCAGGCUGGGGAGCAACUGGGACCUCCCCAAGCGAGAGACACCCACACCAGCCCAGGCGUCGGCCACCCCAGCCAGCUUGGCAGCCGCGGUGCUAGCAAAAGGGCGAAUCAGCAGGAAAGUACAGAACCAGGUGGGCGGGCGCGGGGGCGGAGAGGCCGAGGCGCGUCCCUACAGGCGCCUGCGGGGCGGGAGGGCCUUCCAGGAGCCCAGCAAGCCGCUGAGCCCCGCGGAGACGCGCGGUGACGCCAAGCGCUACGCGUGCGAGCUGUGCGGGAAGGCCUACUCCCACCGCGGCACGCUCCAGCAGCACCGGCGCCUGCACACGGGCGAGCGGCCCUACCGGUGCUCCUUCUGCGACAAGGCCUACACCUGGUCCUCCGACCACCGGAAGCACAUCCGCACCCACACGGGCGAGAAACCCUACCCGUGCCCAGACUGCGGGAAGGCCUUCGUGCGCUCCUCGGACCUGCGCAAACACCAGCGCAACAUGCACAGCAACGACAAGCCCUUCCCCUGCUCCGAGUGCGGCCUGACCUUCAACAAGCCGCUGUCGCUGCUGCGCCACCAGCGCACGCACCUGGGCGCCAAGCCCUUCCGCUGCGCCGCCUGCGACCGCGAGUUCGCUGUGGCCAGCCGCAUGGUGGAGCACCAGCGCGUGCACUCGGGCGAGCGGCCCUUCCCCUGCCCCACCUGCGGCAAGUGCUUCACCAAGUCCUCCAACCUGGCCGAGCACCAGACGCUGCACACGGGCCAGAGGCCCUUCAAGUGCGCUGACUGCGGCGUGGCCUUCGCGCAGCCCUCGCGCCUCGUGCGCCACCAGCGCAUCCACACCGGCGAGAGGCCCUUUGCUUGCACGCAAUGUGGCCAGGCCUUUGCCCGCUCCUCCACCCUGAAGCGGCACCAACAGAUCCACUCCGGGGAGAAGGGAUUCCUCUGUGCCGAGUGCGGCAGGGCCUUCCGCAUUGCCUCUGAGCUGGCCCAGCACACACGGAUGCACAACGGAGAGAGGCCCUACCAGUGUGAGGACUGCGGCCAGGCCUUCACCCGGUCCAAUCACCUCCAACGACACCGAGCCAAGCAUGGCACCUGCAAGAAGGAGCCCAUCCCUUCCUCCUCUGACGAGUGAAGACAGCACCAUCGACCUCAGUACUUGGAACCUUCCCAGGUGAACCCACUCACAUGAUAUUGCCAGCCAGCCACACCGGUCAGCCAGGCCUCCCAGUAGGUCGCCGGUCUUGAGUGGUCGGUCCAUUUGAUUAUGUAUUUGAUCCUUCGAAUAGAAAGUCACUACCGAGAGAGCACCCAGGUGUGUGGUUUCACAUCAGUGGUUCUGAGUGUCAGAGGUCAUAAGCAAUUGGAAAAGGGAAGGACAAAGUAGUGGGAGCUGAUUAAGGUUUAGUUUCUUGGGUUGGGGGACCACAAUCAAUCAGAAACUGCUUCUAGAAUUACAUGCUUGGGACUGUGCAGGGCUCCGGGCAUAAGGUGAGGAAAAAGACUAACCCGUCCUACCCUCAAAGCUGUUUGCAAAUAAAAGGCAUGAGGGGCUGAUAAUUUUUAGAGAAAGGUGCUUUUUGGUUUUCACGUAAAUAAAGGAAUCCCCAGAAGUGGUCCCUACGGUGAACUCCCCCAAAGCAACAAAGCCUUUGUGGGACGGACUCAAGCCCAGCCCAACAUCCCAUCAUUUCACUUGACUGCAGACAUGGCUUCACCUUAGGGUAUAUCUGUAUGGGCCUUGCCUUUGAAGUAGACAAGGCCUUCAUCUUAGAGAAGGUAGUUGAUGUCCUAUUCCAGUUAUUCUAGAAGUUCAGUACAGCGUUAGCAUCUGAAAAAGAAGUCCAUUCCUCUUUAUAGUGGAAUUUAGUAAGUAGAUUGAACCUGAAUCUUAUCCACAAAAUUCAUAUGUGCCUUCUCUCUGGCUGUCUCUUUUCCUGUUUGUACUCUGAGGGCUUAAGUUAUAUGUGAUAUUUACAAAGUAAUUGGUUCAUUUACAGAGAGACAUGUAGAAUUUCUCCACAAAGCCUUGACCGUGGUUCAUGAAACCUUUUGAUUCAAUUUAAAUUUGUCUGAAUUAUUAGCCUUGAUUUAAAGUAAAUAAAACACCCUUUGCCCAAGUGCCAUUGGCUUGUCUGUGUUUCAGAAUAUUAAAACCAGGUAUGAAGGCCUACAUGACUCACAGUUAUCUGAUGAAGUUAUUUCUGUUUGCAUUACUAACAGCCAUUCUUCAAAGUGUAUUGAUGCAUAUAGUGAUCUAUAUAAAGUCAGUAGUUCUUAGCACUGAACCUCAACUGUGAGGAAUCUAUGACCUUCACAGAGGUCCUUGGUGCAUGCAGGCAAAUGGCACUUCUCAUCUUACUGAAGUUAAAUGAGAUAUUCACAAGAAAGCAUAGUCUCCUUUUUUGGGGGAGUAUCUUCAGUAUAUUCCUAGAAUUGCCACCAAAGAAUGCCAAAUCUGAAUUUCUCUUGGGUUCUACCUGAUUUGGACCUAGGAUGUGACCUCUAAAUAGCAUUCUCAUGACAUAUAGGGGCACCAAAGAGAAGUAAGACAGACGGAGAGAUAGAUAUUCUUGUGCCUUGUUCAAUCAAGGUAACCUUAAUAAAAGGGUCCACCCCAUCCUUUACUGUUGAUGUGACAUUGAGCUUCAGCUUCUGCAUCUGCAUUGGCAAAAUAGAAGUGUAAUAGUAGGUAAAAUUUAGAGUGAUCCUACUAUAUGACAGAAACAUUGGCUGAAUGCAAAGCCGUAAAUGGGUAGGAAAGUCAAAAGAUGAACUUGUGACUAUGAAGAGAGCAAAAGCUAACAUUUUUUGCUAGGUAAUCAAUAAAAUAUUUGAAGACUGAA